AUGAGCCCUGCGUUGGUCUUCAUUGAACAGAGUGCGGCCGGGAUAGGCAAGUCUGACCGUCGCGCCCUUCGGUCUCAUGUCAUGAGGGGCAAGAAUGCCGGCAGACCACGGCCCUCGACACGAAAACAAACGAACAAUGCCCCCAUCAAGCGUCAGCUGAAGAUACCGCGACGGGUUUUCUGGAAUGACUUCUGUCUAACAUCGUUCCCGCAAGAGCUCGAUCCUGACUCCACUAGGCUCAUGCAUCGGUGGUUCCUAGACAUCAGUGACGCGCUAUUUCCUCCCCAGUUCUGCUACAAGUUCGAUAUAUUGAAAUCGAUCUGGGUCAACUGCAUACUGGUAGAUGAAGCUUACUUUCACUCGACCUUAGCUGUGUCGGCAUCCUACGUUGACUUCUUUGAACGAAAGCCUACCACGUCGUCAAAGACUUUGCAUCACAUAUGUCAGGCAUAUUCGCUGGUCAACCUCAAACUUUCAGGCCCCCAAGCCAUAUCGGAUAGCGCCAUUGCUGCUGUCGUCACCCUCGCCAUCUACCAACAGAUACACCAGCAACACUCCACCGGCCUCGUGCAUCUCAGAGGGCUUCAUCGAAUGAUUGAGUUACGCGGGGGUAUCGCCAGAUUGAUGAAGGAGAACCGUCCAUUGGCCCUCAAGCCACUCAGGCUCGAUAUCGAAUUGUCUAUGCAAAACGGGUCACCUACGAUGUUUGAUAGUCCGGAAGUACCGGUGACAACUGUCUUGUGCAACUCUAGCACCGUCAAAGAGCAGCUUUCUGCCUGUCCUCCUGGACUGCCCCGCAUUAUGCUAGAUCUCAUCGUUUUCGCUGGCAUCCUCAAUGACAGAGUGAAGAACGGACGAUCCAAGCUCAACCCUUUAGACUACACAGAAACGCUCAUAUCACUCCUAUACCGUCUCUUGGAAGGUGAACCUUUCAGUCAGCCCCUGCUUGCUUCGGAAGGCCUCUACGACGACGCAGCACGUCUCGCUAUGCUGGCUUUCAUGACCGGCUUGCUUCCCAACUACUGCCGUGAUAACUUCAGUUCGUCGCUUCUAUGCACUCGUCUAGUGAACGCCGUUCGAGAGCUCUAUUCGACGCACAAAGACGCGCAAACUGGCCAUUUUUCACUGCUGCUGUGGAUCCUUUUCAUGAGCGCUAUCUCGGUUCUGAAAGUCAAUGACCACAGCUGGCUGCUAUUUGCAAUCGCGGAGACUUGCGACCGUUCUGACUUGCGCGACUGGGCGAACGUUCACCACCAUCUCAGUGGAUUUCCGUGGAUAUACACACUGCAUGAUAAUACCGCGCGGUGUCUAUGGGAGGAAGUUCGUGAAGUGAAGUUAGAGGAUCGCGGCACCGCUCUUUCACCACCCGCAAAAUCGACUCAACGCGGGCUUUGA